GUGUGGGAGUUGACAGCAUGAACCACCUUGGACAGACAUCACUCUUUUGUGCGUCUCUCCUUGGCUUUACUGGUGUAGCAGAGAAACUUUUACAGUAUGGAGCGAACCCAAAUCACCGCUGUAAUGAUGGAAGUACUCCCGUCCAUGCUGCAGUUUUCUCUUGUAAUCCCUGGUUGCUGAGUUCACUGAUGGAUGCUGGCGGGGACCUGCGUCUCCAUGAUGAUCAGGGCCGGAUACCGAAGGACUGGGCCAAGGCAGGCGCUCAGGAGAACAGUCCGAAGAUGCUUGCUUUUCUGAAGAGAUGCGAGUCUCAAAUGCAGAGCUUGUUGCAAACACAUCUGUCCAGAGAUGCGCGUACCACCCUGACCUCCUCAAAGACACUGCUGAGCUCUGCAUCCCUGCUCAAGCUCUUGCGACCUUG